UCCUCCCCCGCAGCCCAGCCCGCCGCCCGCCCGGAGUUCGCGCACCCGAGCGGAGGCUCCUCCGAGAGCCCGGCGUGCUCGGAUCUCCGCGGCGCCAGGACCAGCCCUGGGUCGCUGGGACGUCUUGGAUCGGCAGACUUUGGAGGCUCCUUCGAGCGGGGCCGCGGCGGUGACCACGACCGCGGAGCCCGAUGUGCACGGCAGGCGGGAAGGCCAGGCCGGCGGCCUCUGGGAGGAAGGCGUGCGCGAGGAGCCGGGGGACACGGAGGCGCGCGUGGGUCUGAACCGCGCUGCCCUGUGCCCGCGGGCUCCCGGACCCCAGACCAUGACCACGGCCCAGAACGGCCACGGGCGCGCAGCUGCGGUCCCCGGUCCCAUCUCUGAUCCCAAAGACCCCGGCAUGGUGACCUACCCGGCGUGUCGACGGGAGGCGCGGCUCAGCCCGGCCCGCCUCCUGCGCCUCUUCUCCGCCGGCGCGAACAGGACGCGCGCCGACCCCGAGCGGCCCCGGCCCGCCGGCCUCGUGGGCAGCUCCUCCACGUGGAACGCCCUGGCCUCCUUCCGGAAAAUGGGGUCUUUCAAAAAACUGAAGACCUCGGUCCUCCAGGGAAUUCAGAAUCGGGAGGGAUGGGACGCCGCCAAAGAGGGGGCCGAGGAACGCGACCUGGGCAAGGCGGUCCCCAACGGCGUGGCGGCCGGAGCCCCCGCGGGCAGGUGCCCCCCGGGGCCGGGCUUCGCGUCCGACGGCUCGGACCCCGAGGACCCCGACGACGGCUUCGCACGCGGCGCUCCCCGGUCCCGCAGCAUCCGCCGCGCCUACGGCCUGGGGCGCAUUCGCCUCCUGGAUCCGGAGCCGCCCGCCCCGGAGACCGCGGCGGGCGAGGCCCCGGCGCGGGAGCCCGAGAGGAACGGCGUCUGCAGGCGGAGCAAGAGUACGGACAGCCUGACCUUCCUCAAGAAGAGCUCCUUCCGGAGGAAGUCGGCCUCGCACCUGGCCGAGCUGCGGCGCGCGCCCGAGAGCGGGGCCCCGCGGAGGACGCUGAGCGGCUCGUCCGCGGACUCCGACAGCUCCGGCGGGGCCCCCGCGAGGCCCAGGCGCUGCAGGAGCCCGCUGCGGGCCCCGGACCUGGCCCGGGUGCUGCGGCUCGUGGGUGACGGCGCGGCCGGCCGGCCGGGGGACCCCGGGGGCGCCCUGCCCGGGCCGCGGCCGCACAGCCGGCUGCACGACGACUACUCCCGCCGCGCGGUCGCCGGUCCCGAGCGCGGGCGAAGGGGCGAGGAGCCCCAGGACCCCGGGGUGGCGGGUGCUGGGGGCUCGGCCAGUGACGCGGCUGCCGGAGGUGCCGUUCCUCGCGCCCCCGGCUCUUCCUCCAGGCCCCCGGCCCGGGAGGUGUCGGACAGAGGCUCCAAGGAACCGGGCCCUGGCGACCGGUCUCCCGUGGAGCCCGAGCCUCCUCUCGGUCCUCCGAGGCCCACCACGCCCAAGCCCCCCAGCCCUCGGAGCCCCGACGCAGCACCUGCCAAGUGUCCCAACAGCGUCAGCGCGCUGUCCCUGAGUUCAGUGGACAGCGAGGAAAGGGCAGAGGGGCCCGUCCAGAGGGAGCAAGGCCCCGGGUCCUUCCAGGAUGCGGUGCAAACCGCCUGUGACCUGGGCAGUGAGAACACCGGCGCCGGCAGCCACCCGCAGCAGAGCCUCGGGGGGACGAACUGUCCAGAAGACAAGACGGACGAGGUUGUGACCGAGGGGUCCUGGAGGCGGACCUCCGCAACAGAGGAAGAGAGGCGGGAGGCUCAGAGGGUCCCCAGGAGGAGAUGCGGACCCGGGAGGAGGUCAAGGCCCCGACCACUCUCUGACUACGGCCAGCCGGUCAGCCUAAGUCUGUCCAUCCCUGAAGACGCGAUCGCCGUAGACCCCCAGAAAGAGGACACAGAGGACGGUGACCACCAGCCCAGCGGGGCCCCCAUCGACCCUGCAGACCAGACCGCUGCUGGGGGCUGCCCCCGGGGGGCGCCGAGAAGACGCCCCAUCUCCGUGAUCGGUGGGGUCGGCUUCUAUGGGAGCAGCCAGGCGGAGGAGGGGGAGGCCAUUCUGCCCCAACCAGCUGCCCGGCCGCCCGUGCCCGCGCACCAGGUGCCGCCCUACCGCGCGGUGUCGGCCCGGCUGCGGCCGUGCGCCUUCUCCCAGAGCACCCCCAUCGGGCUGGACCGCGUGGGACGCCGGCGGCUCAUGAGAGCAUCCAACAUUUCUUCUGAUGGCGGUGCGGAGUCAUCUGCCCUAGCGGAUGACAAUGGCAGCGAGGAGGACUACAGCUAUGAAGACCUCUGUCGGGCCAACCCCCGGUACCUGCAGCCGGGCGGGGAGCAGCUGGCCAUCAACGAGCUGAUCAGCGAUGGCAGCGUGGUCUGCGCCGAGGCCCUGUGGGACCACGUGACGAUGGACGAGCAGGAGCUGGGCUUCAAGGCCGGGGACGUCAUCCAGGUCCUGGAAGCCUCCCACAAGGACUGGUGGUGGGGCCGCAGCGCGGACAGGGAGGCCUGGUUCCCCGCCAGCUUCGUCCGACUGCGGGUCAACCAGGAGGAGCUGGCGGAGAGCUCCAGCGGCACCCCGGGCGAGGAGCCGGCGGAGGACGCGGGCCGGGGCCGCCACAAGCACCCCGAGAGCAAGCAGCAGAUGCGGACCAACGUCAUCCAGGAGAUCAUGGACACCGAGCGGGUGUACAUCAAGCACCUCCGGGACAUCUGCGAGGGCUACAUUCGACAGUGUCGCAAGCACACGGCGAUGUUCACGGUCGCACAGCUCGCCACCAUUUUUGGAAAUAUUGAAGAUAUUUACAAAUUCCAAAGAAAGUUUCUGAAAGACCUUGAGAAACAAUACAAUCAAGAGGAACCUCACCUGAGUGAAAUAGGGUCCUGCUUUCUUGAACAUCAAGAAGGCUUCGCCAUCUACUCCGAGUACUGCAACAACCACCCGGGCGCCUGCGCCGAGCUGGCGGGCCUGAUGAAGCAGGGCCGCUACCGACACUUCUUCGAGGCCUGCCGCCUGCUGCAGCAGAUGAUCGACAUCGCCAUUGACGGCUUCCUGCUGACGCCGGUGCAGAAGAUCUGCAAGUACCCGCUGCAGCUGGCCGAGCUGCUCAAGUACACCACUCAGGAGCACAGCGAUUACAGGAACAUAAAGGCAGCGUACGAGGCCAUGAAGAACGUCGCCUGUUUGAUCAAUGAGCGAAAACGCAAGCUGGAAAGCAUAGACAAGAUAGCACGGUGGCAGGUGUCCAUCGUGGGCUGGGAGGGCCAGGACAUCCUCGAGCGCAGCUCGGAGCUGAUCCACUCCGGGGAGCUGACCAGGGUCACCCGGCAGGGCAAGAGCCAGCAGCGGACGUUCUUCCUGUUUGACCACCAGCUGGUGGCCUGCAAGAAAGACCUGCUGCGGAGGGACGUGCUCUACUACCGCGGCAGCACAGACAUGGACGCCGUGGAACUCGUGGACCUGGAGGACGGCCGCGACGGUGCCCGCACCCUCGGCGUCAGAAACGCCUUCAAGCUGGUCAGCAGGACGGGUGACGAGGCGCACCUGUUCUGUGCCAAGAAGCCUGAGGACAAGGCGCGGUGGCUGCAGGCCUGCAGGGACGAGCGCAGGCGGGUGCAGGAGGACCGGGCGAUGGGAGUGGAAAUUUCAGAAAGUCAGAAGAAACUUGCCAUGUUAAAUGCUCAAAAGGCAGGACAUGGAAAGUCAAAAGGCUACGGUGGAGGAUGCCCCUCGGCCCCCCCGCUCCAGAGCCUGCGGCCGGCCCACCAGCGCCACGUCACCGUGCCCGCCAGCCCGCCACAACAGCAGGUGUUCGCCCUGGCGGAGCCCGAGAGGAAGCCGCCGCUGUUCUGGCGCACCUUCAACAAGCUCACCCCCUUCAGGAAGUGACGCGGGGGCCGGGGGGAGGGGCCCCCGUGCCCCCCCUGGGCCCCGUCCAAGGAGUCUACUCCGCACGUGGCACGGGGAUCCGGUGCUGAAAACCUCUCCUGGGGACGCAGUGAGGAGGACCUGGCCUCGCCUGCGGUCGCAGAGCCUUCUCGGGAGGGAGGGGGGUCAUGACGCACAGCUCCAGUGUCCCCUGGACCGCUCCCCGCCGUGAGCCCACCGAGGCGGCCGGCGCUGGGGAAUCGGAGUGGGCUCUGGAGAUGCUGGGCGGGGAGCCGGGAGCAUCGCCGAGGACGAGCUGCAGUCCAGGCCCCGGGAGGGGCUCCCCGAGGAGGAUGGGCAGGGCCACUUUGCCUUCGGUCUUGAAGGGGAGGGGAGUGCCGGGGUCACGGCGUGGCGGGCGGUGACCGCAGCCCCGUCGGGGCCCUGGGGUCCCCUGGCGUCUUCCUCAUCCACGCAGUCGCCAAAUGGUGGGCCGGCCUCUCCCGCAGGCUCCUGCGCACAUGGUCCAGGGCCCGCGGUGCACAGAGACCCACGCGCUCCAAAGACGCCGUUGCUUUCAGGGGGCAGGGAGCCCGCUGCUGGCUCUGUGCACUUGUCCCCGCCCGUGUGCCACUCCCCGAGCAGAAACCUGAGAAACUUCACGCACGUGCACUUCCAGUGGGAAAACCGAUUUCAUUUCGUUUGAGGACGAAGUGAACGUGCAGACCUCCCAGUUGAAACGUGUCCUUAAAAGAGCAUCCGUGUGCCUGUUCCUCCCUCUGCCUCUGUCCUCGCCGAUCAAGGGACAGUGACACGUACCUUCUUCCACUGAAAACCACGAGGCUCAAGGGUCCUGCUUCCUCCAUGUUUGAAGCCACCUUUGUCCCACGCCCCCGAGCAGUAGUACCAGCCGUGCCAUGCUUAGCAUGUCGACAGGUUUCUGAAGAUCGGUUCCGUAUGGAAGAGACCUCACGAAAUAGAUCCAGACUCAGAGAGAGCAGCCCGCUCUAGCGAAGGCCACGCGGCCGACGCCGGUCGGCAGCAACCUCCUUGCCUUUCCUCGAUGGUAAAUUUUGAUGAAAAUGGCUUUUAAACGUGAGACACCUUUCCGUUGACCUCGUGCACCGGGCGGGGGUCCUGUUACAUGUCUUGUGGUUUUCUACUCGGGAAUCUCUUUUUGGUGUUGAAACCUCAAAACUUCUCUUUUCUACCCAGUCCCUGCUUGAGAAUAAACACACCUGUAUGGUCCUAACAGAGGGGACACCUGAGACUCCGGGUGUGGGCCCCCUCCUCCUCACACCCAGAGCUGUUCCCGGGGGGCAGGGGGACCCAGGCGGUGCUGCCUCUGCGGACCUCGGGGCCCAGGUCCCGGCACGGAAGCCGCUUCUGUGAGGAAGCUCCUCGGGAGGUGCCGUGGGUCCGCGUGCUCGUGUGUGUGUGUGUGUGUGUGUGUGUGUGUGUGUGUGUGUGUGUCCUUUCUGAAUAGACUUCUCAAUUUCCGUUGCAUUUAUAUAACUGACCUUUUUACUAACAAGAUAUAAUGACACAUUUUGAAUACUAUGCUUAAUAUGCUUUUCGUGGGCCCCCUCAGCAAACAUUGUCGGGCCUCUGUGCUAAACAGUUGUUUGUUUAUACGGCAGUUGUGAACAGUUGGGUUGCUUUUUUUUUUUUUUAAUAGAAUUACUUUGAGGAAGUAAAGAAAAUCAGUUGCUCAUGUUAUAUUUCCAGUGAGGACUCACCCCCAGUGCAGAAGCACCCAGAGGGCCCCCAUCUCCCCCGUUGUCCAGAGCACAGGGACAAAGGGCUGGACGUGCUGUCGGCAGCCCUGGUCUGUCUCUCGGCCAAGCCCUGACUCCUGGCUCCACCCUCCUCCCCUCAAGCUUCCCAACAGAGGAGCAGGAAGCGUGGACACCAGGGCACGUGGUGACAGUCCCUUGGUCAGAUGUCCAUCCUCGGUGGCUCCUGCUUGGAUUUCCAGGUGAUUUGAAAACUGCUAAAAUGAGUUUAAAAGGAUAGAACGUCCUUUGUCCUCUUCAAAUCUGUGUGUCUAGCUUGGGUUUAUUAGCAAACGCCUGCGUUCUCUACAGGAUAGAUGGCUCGGUGUUCUGUUUUUACAUUUGAUGAACUUCCUUCCUUUUUUUUUUUUUUUUUUUUUUUUUUUUGCGGUACGCGGGCCUCUCACUGUUGUGGCCUCUCCCGUUGCGGAGCACAGGCUCCGGACGCGCAGGCUCAGCGGCCAUGGCUCACGGGCCCAGCCGCUCCGCGGCAUGUGGGAUCCGCCCGGACCGGGGCACGAACCCGUGUCCCCUGCAUCGGUAGGCGGACCCCCAACCACUGCGCCACCAGGGAAGCCCUGAACUUCCUUCUUGAUUUCUCGCAUGUUCCACUUGGAGAGAAAAAGAGAAAAAACGAAGAGACUCCCUGUACAGGUUGUGUAUGAAUUUCACUGGGAAUCUCGCUUUCUCUGUCUGUCUUUUUCUCUUUUUAACACUACACUGCGUGGUAUCGGUGGACCACGCCCCCCCCCCCAAUAAAGAUGGCAUAAGAUUUUGAUGAAUUUCACUUACUCUAUCAUGUUUCAGAGUUUGCCAACUCUGUUGAAAGACCUUUGAAAUGGCCUCAGGUCCAAAGCAGCCUUCUCGGUUUUUGAUGAUGCCUAACAUGUAUAACAACCUUGCAGUAGAUUGUAAGCAGUCGUACAACAGAAUACCUGUGGAGUCCUGGAGAAAUGGCAUUCUUUGUCUUUGGCCUGCAAACUGGAAGAAGAGUGGCGGGGAUUUGCCAGGGCUUUCCUGGGACACCUGUGUCUUUUGCUCUCGGUACAUCUGAUCUCUUCCCACCCCCUGCCGUAGACCUGAUUUUGUAGUUGAAAACAUUUCACCCCCAUCUGCACACUCCUUCUGAAUAUCGUCGUGCCUUUUUAUUCGUAAUACGAGGACUGAGCUCCAUGCCUGUUCAGAACAUCCCGUCAAUCCUACAUUGCUGUUGUCUAGACACAGAGCAAAAGUACAUUUAAUUCAAAACCUGUUUCACAGUAGAAAUCUUUUGUAAAAGCCACGCACCGGCAUUUUAUCGGCUGGGAAUCUCUACGGGCCCAGACUGCUGAUUCUCCUCAGUGCAGAUCAGCUUAGUCACCAAGCCAGGGUAGAGAAACCCGACCACCGGAGUUAGGGAAGAAAUCGCGGUGUAAUAUUUUGUUGAGGAGAGGAGAAACAGACGUGUCCCUCACAGUCCAGUGCCAACAAGCGUGGAUAAAUGUGGCUUACAGGCCAGGGACGCCAGGCGCACACCGAGAAGGCCACUGCCCCAAAGCAGUUGUCCCUGUAAUAAGCUUAGCCCGCAAGUCCUCCCUGUUAACGUUUCACCUGGCGGACGCUGCCCUUCUCGGGAUGGAUGCAGCGGAGGUGGAGUCCCAAAGAUUCGGAAAAUAGUAAGUGGAAACUGUGAUCUUGAAGAAAACAAACAAACCCAGGAGCAUAAAUAUCGGAUGCAUAUUUCGUAACAACAAACUUAACAUUACUGUCUUCAGUUGUUUAUUAAGUAUCUGACACUUGAAUUUAGAAAAUACUGUAACCGAUUCUGUAAUUUACCAGUCGGUCUCUUUUUGUAAAUAUUAGCGUCCACAGUGUUUGACUUACCUACUUCGCAAGGCUUUUGGUGACCUGUUCCCUCAAUGCUAACUCACCGGCCUCAAGGUGAUGUUAUCUGUAUAGGUCAAGUGACAGCUUCCAGACUGAUGAGGCGGCUGUUGACAGCUGAAUUGGGUUGUGCAAGAUCGCUGUAACUUGAUAUGUAUUUUCUCUGAAGAUUUUGUAAAAAAAAAAAAAAAAAAAAAAAUUUACAAUGUUAUUUGAAUGAUUUCUUGUAAAUGCUGUGAAUCUAUAUUUGUUGUUUUGUAUCUGUAUAUUAAAGUUAAUUUGCCAAACUGGCUGUA